AUGGGCAGACGGCCACAGCAACGGUACAAGCGUCUGAUGAAUUGGACACAGCAGCAGUGCACAAAGAUGCCGAAUUUUUCUUUUUCAAUGGCGAAUAAUUUCCUCCGUUUCACGCCUGAAUCCCUGGAUGAAAUUCGAAAGCGAAUUGCCACCAAAAAAGCAAAGUCUGUCAAGGCCUUGGAGGAGGGCAACGUUGGUCAGCAGGAGGAAGAAGAAAGCAUUCGGCCACAGCUUGAUCUGAAAGUUUUUAAAAAGCUGCCUCUUAUUUAUGGAAAAAUUCCCCCCUGGCUCACUGCAGAAGCGCUGGAGGAUGUGGAUCCCUAUUACAGGGACCAUGAGACAUUUAUGGUGCUAUCAGCCAGGAACAGAAUCUUUCGAUUUACUGCCACCAAAGCCUUAUUUUUAUUUAGUCCUUUCCAUCCACUAAGAAGACUAGCCAUCAAAAUUUUGAUACAUUCUUUGUUCAUUGCAUUCAUAACCGGCGUGGUUCUUCUCAACUGUGUGUUUAUGACUUUAAGCGAGUAUCCCGUGGAUCCCAACGCCACCGAGAUUGCUUUCACGUCCGUUUAUACUGCUGAAUUUGUGAUAAAAGUGGUGGCUAGAGGAUUUAUUUUGAAUGAAUUCACCUAUCUGCGGGAUCCCUGGAAUUUCUUGGAUUUCAUUGUUUUAACUGUGACCUAUAUAGCCCAUUUUGGUGAGUUUGCCAGAAUUUCAGCUCUCCGAAUUUUCAGGGUUCUGAGAACUUUAAAAGCUGUUUCUGUAAUCCCAGGUCUAAAAGUCAUUAUAGCCUCCCUCCUCCAGUCAGUGAAGAAACUUGCCAACGUGAUGCUGCUGACCGUUUUCUCCUUGGCUGUUUUCGCCUUGGUCGGCCUCCAGCUUUUCAUGGGCAACUUAAAAAAUAAAUGUGUCCUCAAGGAUUACCUUCAUGUGAACAUCAGCAACAGAGGACAGCAGUGUGAUGAUGGCUCUCCGGUGCUGUGUGGAUUCAGCGGAAAUGAAACGGCUGAAUGUGGGGCGAACUACACUUGCCAAAAACGUGGAGACAACCCUGACUUUGGAUACACAAGCUUCGAUCAUUUCGGAUGGGCCUUUUUAUCACUGUUCCGACUGAUGACGCAGGAUAGCUGGGAACGUCUCUAUCACCAGGUUAUCAGAACAUCUGGGAAAACCUACGUCAUGUUUUUUAUGAUCAUCAUCUUUCUGUGCUCAUUUUACCUCUUUAAUUUAAUCCUGGCUGUUGUGACCAUGGCGUACGAAGAGCAAAACAAAGUGACACUUGAAUAUACAAAGCUGCCCCCCACUCACUCCCAGCCACUGCCCUCCCUGCUCGCCUGCCUGCUGACUCAGGAGACUUAUUACAUGAACUGCUUUGGCAAUGAAUGGGAAGAACCAGAAUUCCAAUUUCCUCCUGGCUUGAAACAAGCUGUCAAAAAAUAUCUCAUUUGGGAAUGCUGCCCACUCUGGUUGCAAAUAAAGGAAAGGAUGAAGAAAAUCAUGACAAAUCCUUUUAUGGAACUGUUCAUUCAACUCUGUAUUAUCGUGAAUACACUGUUAAUGGCACUCGAACAAAACCCCAUUGCAGUAGAAGUGGUUAGUGUCGGAAACAGGGUUUUCACUUGCAUUUUUUCUGCCGAAGUUGUCUUCAAAAUGAUCGCACUCGAUCCAUAUUACUAUUUUCAAAAUGCUUGGAAUAUAUUUGACUUUUGUGUGGUUGCCAUAGUCAACAUAACCAUGAUGCAUGGCAUCCAUAUAUCAGUUCUCCGAAUGCUGAGAAUCUUCAAGUUGUCAAAGUUUUGGCCAGCUUUAAACAAGCUCAUGAAAAUCAUGAUGAAAUCAGUGGGCCCACUGGGUAACCUGACCCUUGUUUUGAUUUUCACCAUAUUCAUUUUUGCCGUGGUUGGCAAACAGGCCUUUAGUCGCCAAUAUAAUAAGGUUAAUUCCAGCUGUAGCAUUUGUAUCACUGACGAUGUGCCAAGUUGCGACAACAGCACCGGUGUAUGUAGAAUGCGAUGGCAUAUGAAAGACUUCUUGCACUCGUUCCUGAUUAUAUUCCGAAUUCUAUGUGGAGAAUGGAUUGAUACCAUGAUGGGUUGUAUGCAGGUGGCGGGAGAAGGAGGCUGCAUUAUUUUGUUCAUGCUGGUCCUGGUGUUAGGAAACCUGGUGGUCCUCAACCUCUUUAUUGCUUUGUUGCUGAGCUCCUUCAGCAGCAGUGAGCUGGAAUCCGAGGCCGAUGGGAAGGAGCGUCAGGCGGUCAUUGCUCAGAUUCGGAGGUGGCUGCAGUGUGUCAAACGCUGGCUAUGGGAUUGGUGUUGCAACACCCUCCUGCGAAAGCUGAAGACGGCGAGGACAAAAAACGAGAAGCGGUUGGAUCACGACACCAGCGCUUCUGAGGCCAGCACAGUAGAUCAGAGGUCUCCUGCCUUUCAUUUGUCUGAGAUCAAGAAGGUGCCCAAAGACUGUUUCCCACGAGUUUUGGUCCAGCUCUUCCCAUGCUGCAGAGUGAAUACUGAUAAAUUCCCAGGCAACAUUUGGUGGAGGUAUAGAAAAACCUGCUACAAAAUUAUAAAACACAGUUGGUUCGAAUCUUUUAUCAUCUUUAUGAUAGUACUGAGCAGCGGUGCUCUGAUCUUUGAAGACAUUCACCUAAAUGCGAGACCAAAAAUAAAAGCCUUACUGGAAUAUGCAGACAUAUUGUUUUUCUACAUAUUUUUCCUGGAGAUGCUCCUGAAAUGGGUGGCUUACGGUCUUACGAAGUAUUUCACCAAUGGCUGGUGUUGGCUGGAUUUCAUUAUUGUAUGUGUAAGUUAUUUAUGUAAUCUUCUUCCGUUGAAGGAAAACAAUCCGUGUGACACCUCCACAAAAUCUCUUAGAACUUUGAGGGCCUUGAGGCCUCUUCGAGCAUUGUCCAGAUUUAAAGGAAUAAAGGUGGUGGUGAAUGCUCUCACGGGUGCCAUCCCUUCCAUCGGGAACGUGUUGCUCGUCUGUGUGGUUCUCUGGCUCCCAUUUAACAUCCUCGGAGUACAACUGUUUAGAGGAAAAUUUUGGAGCUGCAACUCAACCAUUUCAAAUAAGGACGGGUGUAUUAGGAUUCAACGGGACGUCAACUUCGACAACGUUGCGAUGGGGUAUUUGGCCCUGCUGCAGGUGGCUACAUUUAAAGGUUGGAUGGAUAUUAUGUAUGCUGCAGUAGAUGCGCCGGAUGACAAAGAUCCACCACCAUGUUUUGAAAAGAAUGUAUAUAAUUACCUUUAUUUUGUGGUCUUCAUCGUAUUUGGAUCGUUCUUCAUGCUGAAUCUCUUCAUUGGAGUUGUCAUUGACAAUUUCAACCAACAACGGAAAAAGAUAUGUGGAGAACUCAUUUUUUUGUCCGAUGAACAGAAGAAAUAUUACAAUGCACUGAAGAAACUUGGUGCCAAGAAACCACGUAAGAUCAUUCCACGGCCACGGAACAAGUUCCAAGGCUUCCUUUAUGACAUUGUAAAUAAACAAGCAUUUGAUAUUUUCAUUAUAAGUCUCAUCCUCUUAAAUGUGGUGAUUAUGGCGGUGGAAUAUGAAGGCCAAGGAGACGAAACCAGGAAGCUUCUCAAAGGAUUCAAUUAUGCCUUUGUCGGCAUCUUUACUGGAGAAUGCAUCAUGAAAAUAUUGGCUUUGAGGCUACAUUUCUUAAAAGACAACUGGAACAUAUUUGAUUUUGUGGUUGUGAUUCUUUCAAUAUUUAGUUCCGCUGCGACAGAGCUUUGGGAAAGCCUCAAUUUCCCCCCAACGAUCCUGAGAGUCAUUCGAGUGGCCCGGGUUACCCGGAUCCUGAGACUCAUCAGAGGUGCCAAAGGGCUCCGUACCCUCCUUUUUGCAUUGCUGAUGUCACUUCCUGCCCUCACCAACAUUGGGCUCCUCCUUUUUCUCAUCAUGUUUAUUUAUGCUAUUUUUGGUAUGACGAACUUCGCCUGCGCCACUUGGGAGGCCGGGAUCGACGACAUUUUCAACUUCCAGACAUUCGGUAGCAGCAUGCUUUGCCUCUUCCAGAUCACAACCUCAGCGGGCUGGGAUGAACUUCUCCGUCCAAUGCUGAGCCAUGCUAACAAGUCCUGUGCUAAGAACUUAAAUUUAACCGCUUCACAGCUAAAAGGUCCCUGUGUAAACCGGAGUACAGCAAUUGCUUAUUUUGUUAGCUACAUCGUUAUAUCCUUCCUCAUUGUUGUUAACAUGUACAUUGCUGUCAUCAUAGAGAACUUGAACGUGGCCACUGAAGAAAGCACAGAACCUCUCGGGGAUGACGAUUUUGACAUUUUUUACGAGAUUUGGGGAAAAUUUGACCCCCUGGCGACUCAGUUUAUUUCUUACUCGGCACUUUCAGACUUCGCUGAUUCUCUGGCAGAACCCUUACGGAUACCCAAACCUAACAAGCAGCAGUUGAUUGCCAUGGACCUUCCAAUGGUCAAUGCAAAUAAGAUCCACUGUUUGGAUAUUUUGUUUGCUUUCACCAAAAGGGUGCUGGGAGAAUCCGGCGAAAUGGGCUCACUGGAAAGCGAAAUUGAGAAACGGUAUCCAGAGAGGAUUGCCUACGAACCGAUAGUGACAACUCUCAAGAGGAAGCAGGAUGAAUCUGCUGUCAUUAUCCAGAAGGCUUUCAGGAAGCAUCUCCUCCAGCGUGCAAUGAAAGCGGAAGCCUGUCAGGAUACUACUCCGAGUAGCCCCUUGGACCGCAUAUCUGAGGAGGAGAGUGCCUCUGUAUUCGGGCUGAGUGAAACUGAGGACAGUCAGUCACACAGCUCCCAGAGCCCCUCUUCUGUAUGUAUUCCUCCUUCGUAUAGUAAUGUCACAGGUACCACGGAUGACAUUCCUCAGGUGAAGAUCACAGAUUGUCCUAACGAUGACAUCAAGUGA